ACUGUCAUCCCUCCCUCGGGGUUAUAUGUGGACGCUUGCGCUGAUUUCUCCUGCUCCACACAGCAGAUCUGUGCGCUCGGAGGUGUCGUUCAGGAGCUCCGGCUCUCUCUUCUACCGGACCGGACACCCGUAACCAUGGUAGACACCUACUAAAGCCAUCACGGAGAGAUACGCGUUUGUACCGACUAUGGCUGUAGACGCUGCGUCCAGCUUCAGCUUCUGUCGGGCUGCGCUGGAGCACACAGUCUCAGCAGAGGAGCUCAACUAUCAGCUGCCACGCAAGCCCGGGGGCAACCUGACCUGGCAUGAAGGACGCGGCCAGAGGGUGACGAGGAGGACCGUCAAACUGCUGCAGCAGCCCGGCACAGAAGGAAUACAGAUCCAGCCAGGAGAGGCCUUCACUGUGUACCACACUAGCCCAACACUGUCCAGCUUAUGUAAGCCAGUGGUGCUUUGGACCCAGCAGGACGUGUGUAAGUGGCUGAAGAAACACUGUCCACACAAUUACCUGACCUACGUGGAGGCCUUCUCUCACCACGCCAUCACAGGUCGUGCCCUGUUGCGGUUGAACGGAGAGAAGCUGGAGAGGAUGGGUAUAAUCCAAGAGACACUGAGACAGGAAGUCCUGCAGCAGGUCCUACAGCUACAGGUCAGAGAGGAAGUGCGUAACCUACAGCUGCUCAGCAGAGCUUCCUUCGGCAACAUUUCAUAGCUCGUCUAUCCUUUUGGCAGCUCUCUCGACGUCCCGGCAGAUACGGGAGGACUUGUUCCAAACGGCUACAGACAGAAAGAGAGAGCGAAUCUGCCUGACGGUGGAGCUGUGGACUGUUAACUCAACACCAAUUUAACAGACAAGAACGUCUUUUUAUGCAGAUCUGAAUGGGACUCAAAAGGACAAAGUCGGACUCUAAAACUGUAAUAUAGUGAUAAGAUUCAAGUCUCACCUCAUCUCUACAAAACCUAGAGCACCAACCAGAGCUCUGUCAGACAACAGUGAGCAUACGAAUUGGAUCAAGACGUUGACUUUCAAGAAGUUGACUCCCAAUUCAAAGAUGAACAUUGAUCUCAGAUCAUGUUAAGGAGCGCUUCAUCUCAUCUAGUGUUGGGAUGUCUGACAGACCUGCUUUUUUUAACCCAGCAUCACUCGCUCGGACGUAGAUGCAAUGCUGAAGAAAUCCUGUUUCUACAAGUGUGGGAACAGACAAUUCCUUCUCCUACCUCUCACGAUAGAUUGUAUCAUUUCAUUUGCAGAGAAUUAGAUAUAGAUUAAGGCAUGAAGUUUGAUUAUCCAUUAUCUUCCCAUUCAAGCUAAAGGGAUGUUCACACUGACAAAAACAAUGACUACAUGAUCUGAAACUGGAUAUUAUGGACAAUUUGUUUAAAAAUUAACAUUGAGUGUUAAUAACAUCAGAUGUACACACCUAAAAACCAACCAUCGUUUUGCUUUUCUUCUCAGGACGUUCAAGAGCUUCGUACAUUGUUCCUGCUGUUACCGUCAUAACUUAUAUUCUCGAUUUCAGUGUGCUUUUUAAAAUCUUGCACACAAUGUGGCAGGUUUUCUCCUAAUAUACGAAGAAUAUAUCAGAGUAUGAAUAUACCUUUACUCUAGGAGUUAGAGUACAUGUCUAGAUCACUCGUAGAAGUCCCAGUUGUCCAAGCAAUAAUGUAAAGAGGUGCCACAUGUCUGCAUGGCUAGACCUGUUAGAGACGGUCUACAGCAUACUCUACGCAAGCAAAUGCUUCUAGGUUCUACAUCAAUUUGGUGUUGCGUUGCAAGAUGUCGCAAUUUAUAACACACUUCAAGUACAGUCAGUUUUCUCUUUCAGGUCAAAUAUUGUGAUGGCGGAGCUGGAGGCUGAGAGAACACCAAAUAGUUGUUUGUUUUCAUUGGAUCAGUGCUGUGUUUAACCAUGUUGGUGUUUGUUUGGUCAGUGUGGACAUGGCAGUUGUGUUUCCCAACAUAAUAAAUCCAAAAGCUAACUUGAAAUGUUUGAAAUGUUGCUGGCUGUGUGAACUAGGCUUUUGAAUAAUGAGGUUUGUUAUCUCCAAGAAUGCAAGAAGGCAUGUUAAGUAUGUACUGUAGAGAGACAGUUUGUUUCCUCUAGUGUGAUAAAGGAGCUUUUGCGGAGAGAAUAUAAUUCUUUCCAUAUUGUGAUUUUGUCUUUAUUAGUGCUGAUGAAUCCUGAACGCUUCAACACUCAACUACACUGUGAUGCAGUGGCAUGUUUAAGGAAAGCUUGAAUGUUAGUCUGAGUUACUGUAAAAUCUAAUUUUUACAAAGCAGCUGGAGUCUCAGUGUGACACCAGUCAUCGUUCAAGGGUUUUACACAAUGUACUCAAAGCUGACGGAAAUCUGGCCCCGUGACACAAACCAAUUCAGUCCAUCCAGGUUGUAAGUGUUUAUAUGAAACUGACAGGCCGGAAUUCUCUCUGAAAUUCAUGUGAUGUAAUGAUAGAUGGGUUUCCAGGGCGUUCCGCUGAUUCUUGCAUUCUGACACACACUAGCAUUUUUUCUCUCCAGACGUGCAAUGGGUUUUUUCUUUAAAAUCUUAUGCAAAAAAUGUGAGGGAAAUGAACAUUGGUUAUGUAAUGACUUGCUUCCAACAUGAUUAUACAAGACAUGGUGUGGCAAAGACAGCUGUGUGCGUGUGUUU